AUGGCGAGAAAAUUCGCGGCGAGGCCACCGGUUCUACGGGAACAAACACAACGAAGGCGGCGGCUCCCGGCGCCCCGAACCUCGAAGUCCAGGAUCCAGCGGGGACGGCGGCACCUCCCGCCCGCUAGGCGGCGCCUGUCAGGCCCCGCCGGAAGCCGGAAGCACCGGAAGCACCGGAAGCGCCGGAAAUGCCGGAACACCGGAAGGCGGAAGCGCGGGCGGGGCGCGAUGGCGGCAUCGGUGUCGGCCCUCAGCAGUUUGGGGGUACCCGAGGAUGAUGUUGGGAGCGAGGAGGAGGAGGAGGAGGAAGAGGAGGCGGCAGAGCCCGGCCCGGCCGCGGCGGCGGCGGCGGAGCAGAGGAGGGAGGAGCGGCUGCGCCGGUUCCGGGAGCUGCACAUGAAGCGGUACGAGGCCUGCAAGCUCAACAGCCAGGAGGUGGUGGAGGAGGACAAGAGGCUGAAAUUGCCCCCGAACUGGGAAGCUAAAAAAGCUCGGCUGGAGUGGGAGCUGCAGGUGCAGGAGAAGAAGAAGGAAUGUGCAGCCAGGGGUGAGGACUAUGAGAGGGUGAAGCUGCUGGAGAUCAGCGCUGAGGAUGCUGAGAGGUGGGAGAGGAAGAAGAAGAAGAAAAAUCCCGACCUGGGGUUCUCAGAUUUCGCGGCGGCGCAGCUGCGCCAGUACCAGAGGCUGACCCGGCAGAUCAAACCCGACCUGGAGCACUACGAGAAGCUCAAGGAGCAAUAUGGGGAAGCUCUGUACCCCACCUCAGACAGCCUCCUGCACGGCACCCACGUGCCCACCAAGGACGGCGUGGACAGGAUGGUGGCAGACCUGGAGAAACAGAUCGAGAAAAGGGAGAAGUACAGCAGGAGGAGGCCCUACAACGACGACGCCGACAUCGACUACAUCAACGAGAGGAACGCCAAGUUCAACCAGAAAGCUGAGAGGUUCUACGGGAAAUACACGGCAGAGAUCAAACAGAACCUGGAGAGGGGCACGGCCGUGUGAGCCUGGGGGCAGAGCUCACACCAAACACAACCUGGGGGUUCUGUUCUGUGUGACCCUGGGGGCACAGCUCAAAUCAAAGAGCCUGGGGAGGGGCAGGGCUGUGGGAAUCUGCCUGGCACAGCUC